CUCUCUACUCCUCAGUGGCGUUGGAUACAGCAUUAGAUAGUGCUCUCAAUUGCUAUCAGUACUCUAUAGCCUCUACAUUUUACACAGGUGAGGCAUACAUCCUUUCAAAUCUUGCUUGCAUACUCUGUUAAUGCUCUCUCUCGCUCUCUCUCUCUCUCUCUCUCUCUCUCAUUCGAAGGCCAGCCUUUCUUUUGCACAAGUAUACCUUUCUUUCCUCUUCCCCCAAGAAACAUAGAGAAAGAGGGAGCUCUUUUCUCAAUACAACACUAGAAAGAAGCACCCAUACAGAGCACACACAGCCAACCCUGCAGAAGAACAGCAGAUGAAUAAACGAGAGAAAGGGGAGAUGGUGGUGUGUUCUUCUUCCUUCUUCUUCCUACUCUUGGCGUCAUCUCUACUCCUCUCCUCCUCCACCACCUCCUCUUCCUCCCAUGCGGCCUGUAGUAUCCUCAAGCUACCCAACCUCGCCACCCUCUCUUUCGAGGAAGGCUACACGCAGCUCUUCGGCGACUCCAAUCUCAUGCUUCACCGCAAUGGCAGGACCGUCCACCUCUCCCUGGACCAGAGAACAGGUGCUGGAUUCGCCUCGCAAGAUCUCUACCUCCAUGGAUUCUUCAGUGCUUCCAUCAAGCUCCCUUCGGAUUACGCUGCCGGAGUCGUCGUCGCGUUCUAUAUGUCGAAUGGAGACAUCUUCGAGAAGACGCAUGAUGAAUUGGACUUUGAAUUCUUGGGGAAUAUACGAGGGAGGGAAUGGAGGGUUCAAACCAAUGUCUAUGGCAAUGGGAGUACAGCAAUCGGAAGGGAAGAAAGAUAUGGACUCUGGUUUGAUCCGACGGAGGAUUUUCAUCAGUACUCCAUCCUGUGGAGCGAUGACAAGAUCCUAUUCUAUAUCGACAACACUCCCAUUAGAGAGGUUAUAAGGACACAAGCCAUGGGUGGGCAAUUCCCCUCGAAGCCUAUGUCCCUCUAUGCCACCAUUUGGGAUGGAUCAAAUUGGGCUACGUUAGGAGGACGCUACAAGGUCAAUUACAAAUACUCACCCUACGUUGCUGAAUUUGAGGAUCUUAUCCUCCAUGGCUGUGCCGUUGAUCCCAAUGAUCACACUCAGAUCUGCCAGCGGCCAGAUGUGUUACCCUAUGAUGCUAUUACAAUGUCAACAGUUCAACGGUCUGCAAUGGAGAAGUUCCGGAAGAAGUACAUGACCUAUUCCUACUGCCAUGAUCGUGUGAGGUACCAGACGUUGCUUCCCGAGUGCAAAAUUGGUCCCGAAUCUGAGAGCUUUCAUUCAUCAGGCGAAACAAAGCUCAAUAAGCAUCGUAAUCAUGCUAAGCACCAUCGAUGGAGCUCGGCUGGCACUGCCCUUUCGGUCUAACUGGAAAUUUCAAAUGUCGGGGAGGUAAUAAUUUUGCUUGUGCCGUAUAGCAUAUUUCUGUGUGAGAGUGGUGGGACUAUGUAGAUUCUUAUUUUUCAUGGCACAUUUACAUGCAUUAAGCCAAGUUUCUCAUCAUUAAACUA